AUCCAUGAUCAAGCGUCGUGAAGAGUGCAAAAUGCGAGCUUUAUUGGCGGCUGCGAUGUUGUAAGCUGUAAGUUGUUCUGAUGAUCGUCACUGAGCUACUAUUUUACCGAGCUCCGAUUGCUCCUCCGACUUGGCGUCACUCCCGCCACAACUCCUACCUCGUUUUUUGAGGGCCCCUCUCGCCGCCUGGCUUCAUUCAACUACUGAGUACGAGGACGAGUCAUGGGCAUACGGUGACGCUCUACAGCGGCUGACAAUGGCUUUUCAGCAAGGUGAAGUCACGCCUGUACCGGCCCAGUCCUCCUUGUCCUUUACGCAAGGGUUCCUUCUGGGUCAGCUCUCCGUGGUGCUGCUGAUUGGCGCCUUCAUCAAGUUUUUUAUUUUUGGCGAGGCACCGCCGCCGCCAUCCCGUGGCCUUCGGGCUUCGACCCAUCGACGCUCUAAUUCGAUAUUCUCCCAAGAUGCGCCUCCUAGAUCGUUGAGGGAGAAACCCUCUACAUCAAAUGUCCUUCGUCCAGUCCCGUCGUCUGCGACCAAUACGCGAUCGAUCUUGCGAAAAACAUACUAUAGUGCGAUCCCGCCCAACCCGUCGUCGAAACAUGGCAGACACCGGAUACAUCAUUCUUCCCACCAACCCGAGUCUUUGGACUGGUUCAACGUUUUGAUUGCUCAGACAGUGGCGCAGUAUAGGCAGACGGCAUAUCUCCUGAAGGACUCUCGGACAUCCUCCAUCCUACAUUCAUUGAAUGCGGCUUUGAAUAACCCAGAGAAGAAGCCAUCUUUCAUCGAUAAGAUCGCAGUCACGGAUAUUUCACUUGGAGAGGAGUUUCCCAUAUUCAGCAAUUGCCGUAUAAUUGCUGUCGACGACCCAAUGUCCGACGGUGGCAGGCUCCAGGCCUUGAUGGACGUAGAUAUGAGUGACGAUAACCUCUCCAUCGCCGUCGAAACAUCAUUGGUUCUCAACUACCCUAAGCCGUGCUCCGCUAUCCUACCUGUCGCCCUGUCGGUAUCUGUUGUUCGGUUCUCGGGUACACUCUGCAUCUCACUUGUCCCUGCAUCUACCCCACCACUUCAUACACCUUCUCCUAUGCCGUCACCCCCAACAGCAGAGGCACAACAGGGGGAUAACCAUGCCAGAGAACAACCGACUGAUGCACAGGGCGGUGACGUUCCGCCGAAAUCUUCACCAAAGAGCAAUGUUGCGUUCUCUUUCUUACCCGACUAUCGACUGGACCUGUCCGUGCGGUCCCUGAUUGGCUCUCGUAGUAGACUUCAGGAUGUGCCUAAGGUCGCGCAGUUGGUAGAAGCACGGGUCCAUGCCUGGUUUGAAGAGAGGGUCGUCGAGCCUCGAGUGCAAGUUGUGGGGCUCCCGGAUCUCUGGCCGCGCAUGGGUAGGACAGGCGUGCGAACGGGCGACGACUCUGAAACUGGCUCUAAUACAGCUUCUCGAUCAGCAAUAUCGGUCGAUCUGGGCGGACCACUUCGGAGCGAUGAUGGUGAUCAUGAGCCAGAAGCCAUUCGGUUUCGAGGAUUAGGCCCACGGCCACCGAUUCCUUUCGAUGUCGUCUCCCGAACAAGUAGUUACCAAGUUGAAACUGGUGGUGCUCGCAGUCCGAGCUUAACCCGAGAGCAGAGCUUGGGCGACGACUACCACAUGCCUGGGUCCAUGCCCGAUAUGUCUGGCCCUAAUUGAGGUUACGAAUGCUAUGUAUACCAUACAUCACGGAAUAACUAUUUCGAGUACGUGAAAUAAUAAUAAGAAAUAUAGAUUCAUAUUCAUUAUGUCAUGAUUUACAGUUGCUUAACCGAUAUCGUGGUUUAGGCACCAUUAAACAACCCAGAUUUCAACAGCCUCCUAAUUGGCAGCAACAGUAGGGACGUUGUAACUCUCAACAUAUGCCUUACGAUGCUGAUUGCCAUCGAGUUCUGG